GACCCGCGACUUUACACUCACGUGACGCAUUUAAAGCGGUUUGUUUGAGUUUGAUGCGGAUCCUCGGAUCAUGCCGACUCGAUCAUGGGGGAUCAGUUUAUACGAGAAGUCCUCAGUCUGUGUUUGCAAAGGCUUGCUAUCGAAGAAGCGUCUAACUCUGAGCUCGAGUUCAUCGAGGUGGUGAGGAACUUUGAAGUUGCCCGGAAGAAAUGGCUUCAUGCAGAGCUGGAGCUGAAAAAACAGAAGGAGCUCCUGGUCAAAUCUGAUGUGGCUCGAGCUGCGCUGGAGGUCAAACUCAAACAUGCUCGGAACCAGCUGGACGUGGAGAUCAAGAAACGCUACAAAGCUGAGGCCGACUACCAGUGCCUGGAGCGGCAGAUGCAGUUGAUAUGUGACGUACUGGUGCAUGACAGCAAGUCAAAUGCUUGUCUCAAUGACGAGCAGAGGUCAAUGCUGACCAGCUUCAGUCACAAAGGAGCCAGUGUCCCACAGCACAGAGGAAAACGGUACCUCAGCGAUCGGCACGGACUUGAUGCAGUUCUCAGUUUGGAGUUUUUCCCCUUUCCCAAUGCCGUUUUCCAUCUUGUGUCUUUAUAUCAGGACUUGGACAACACCGCGUUUGUUAAGCCUCUCAAGUCAAGAGCUCGUGAGAGAAGACGGUCAUCAAUGGGCCCAAGUGUUGGUCCUCCGGUUCAAAAACGAGGAAGAGUAAGCGGGCGUUCAGGAGAUCUACUGGGGGCUAGACCUCUGGAGAAGGAAAUCGAGACGACGAUUGUGAAGGCAUCCGUCACUACCCCAGAGACUAGAGGUCAGAUUCACAUGGUAAUAGACAUAACCCAGGAGACUCCAGAAUAUCAGUCCAGGGCUCUCAGAAAUGAAAAUUUUCCGUCUGUUGAUGAACAAACGUCUGUGUGGGCACACAGUGAAGUCACAGAGGCUGAAACAGUUGUUGAAAUGGAGGUGAGCGUCCCGGAGCCAGCCGUCCCUCAGGACCUCACGCCCACCGUGGAUAAGACUUUGCAGCAUGUUUUCCAGCAAAAAACAGUGAUUCGUCCAGAGACAUGUGUGCCAUGUGGGAAGAGGAUUCGCUUUGGGAAGUUGGCCAUAAAAUGCAGAGACUGUCGAUUGGUGAGCCAUCCUGAGUGUAAACAACUAUGUGUGGAGAGAUGCAGUCCUAAUGCUCAUGGUUCAACCCAGCCCAAUGAGGAGACUUUAGAGAGCUUUGCUUCCACCACACGUCCAAGGAUUCCCUCUCUGAUUGUUCAGUGUGUUCAUGAAAUUGAGAGAAGAGGGCUUGAAGAGAAGGGUAUUUACAGAGUGCCUGGAGGAGAGCGGCUGGUAAAGGAGCUGAGGGAGAAAUAUAUUUCUGGGAAAGGCUCGCUGAUGCUCCACAAAGUAGAAGAGGUUCAUGCUGUCUGUGGACUCCUCAAAGACUUCCUGAGGAAGCUCAAGGAGCCUCUCAUAACAUUUAAGCUUCACAGAGCAUUUAUGGAAGCUUCUGAGAUGGCUGAUGAAGACAAGAGUGUAGAAACAUUAAUAAAGACUAUCAAAGAGUUGCCGCAGCCGAACAAAGACACCCUGGCCUUCCUGAUUCUGCAUUUGCAGAGAGUAAUGCAGAGUCCGACGUGUCAGAUGGAUCUGAAUAACUUAUCCAGAGUGUUUGGGCCCACUGUCAUUGGUCACGGGUUGUUAGAACCUUCUCCCAUGACAAUUAUGAGAGACACGAACACCCAGCCCAAAGUAGUAGCUCGGUUUUUGUCCUUCCCCUCAGAUUUCUGGGAAGGCCUUCUAGCUGAGAAAGGGGAUACAGUACUUCCUGUGGUGGAUUCCAAUGUCAUCGGUGUCCGCCCAAGCACUAGCAGAGAUAAGAUAUUCAAACCUCUGACCUCUCCUGAGUUGAGUAAAUACUCUAAAACUACAUCCGGUGGCUCAAUAAAGGGUCGGAUCAAGCACUUCGGUGGCACUUUCAAUAACCCAAGCAAACCAAAAAAUGAUUCAGGGAAAAAGAAAUUCUUCACAUCCCCCAAAUGAUUUGUGUGUGUGUGUGUGUGUGUGUGUGUGUGUGUAUAUUUUGUGUUGCACAGGGACACUGAACUGUUUUUUCUCCACCACAAAAAAUGAAACUUUUUAGCACUUCAUAUUCUACCUUGAAAAAACUUUUCCUAUGAAUGUAAUUCUGUCCAGAAGUGUAAAAAACUAUGAAAUAUGAGACUACACCCUUUGUAUUUUCUGCAGAAUGUUUGUCUAUUUAUUAUGCAUGUAGGAAAUGUCCUGGAAAAUAUUUAAAGGUGUUAUGAACACAGGGUGAAAUGGCAAAAUGAUUUGAAAUAAACUAGAUGAAUUC